GGAAUCGGCCGCGGCGGGCGGGCCGUUGGCGCUGCGGGCGCCCGGGGAUGCCCGGGGCUGGGGCCGGGGCCGGGGCCGGGGCUGGGGCUUCGGAGGAGGGCGGGGGCCCCGAGGCGGCUAGGGAGCCGGCGCGGCUGUGUGGCUACCUACAGAAGCUGUCCGGCAAGGGGCCCCUGCGUGGCUACCGCAGCCGCUGGUUCGUGUUCGAUCCGCGCCGCUGCUACCUCUACUACUUCAAGAGUCCGCAGGACGCGUUGCCGCUCGGCCACCUGGACAUCGCUGACGCCUGCUUCAGCUAUCAGGGCCCGGACGAACCGUCAGCUGCCGGGCCGGCGGCCGCCGUCGGACCCGCCUCAGCCGGGGGCUCCGACGAUCCGCCCGCCGCACUCUUCCAGGUGCACAGCGGAGGCAGCGUCACUGUACUCAAGGCUCCUAACCGUCAACUCAUGACUUACUGGUUACAAGAAUUACAGCAAAAGAGAUGGGAAUAUUGCAACAGUCUUGAUACCGUGAAGCGGGACAGCAGGACCUUCCCAAAUCCUGGUGACUUUUCCAAAGGUCUUGUUGCCAAAGAUAACACAGAUGUAAUUCUCCUGCAUCCAAAUGCCUCUGCAGAGAAAGCCAGAAACGUCCUUUCUGUGGAAGCUGCCCCUGGAGAGCUGGUUGGAGAGCAGGCAGCCAACCAGCCAGCUCCGGUUCAUCCAAGUACCAUUAAUUUUUCCCUAAAGCAGUGGGGCACUGAGAUCAAAAAUUCGAUGUCUUCAUUUAGACCUGGGAGAGGAAAUAACGAUACCCGGAAGAGUGUGUUUUACACCAAUGAAGACUGGGAAUUAAUAGACCCAAAUCCUAAAGAUUUAGAGGAAUCAGCAGUUCAUGAAGAAAGGAAGAAACAAAUCUCAGAAGGAAACAAAGGAGUAACUGGUUCAGCAUUCUCCUUUGAUUUUGGCCGUAUUCCCUAUAAAGGAAAGCGACCUUUGAAAGAUAUGAUUGGGUCAUACAAGAACCGAAACAACAGUGGUGAUUCUCCAGUUGAGUGGACUUCAGGCAAUGGCAGUAAAUCAACUUCUGAAAUACAUUUGAAGUUUCAAAACCAGCAGGAAGAACUAGAAAGACUGAAGAAGGAACUCUCUAGCCAAAAGGAACUUGUCCGACUCUUACAGCAGACAGUCAGGUCAUCCCAAUAUGAUAAGUAUUUCACAAGCAGCCAUCUUUGUGAUGGGGUCCCAAAAGAGAAACUUGAGCUUCUGCACCAAAAGGAUGACCAGAUUCUAGGCCUCAGCAGCCAGCUUGAAAAGUUCAAUCUGGAAAAAGACAGUCUUCAACAGGAAGUGAAGAACUUGAAAUGCAAAGUUGGUGAGCUCAACGAGCAGCUGGGCAUGUUAGUGGAAACAAUCCAAGCCAAAGACGAAGUGAUCAUUAAACUCUCCAGACAGCUCAGUGAAUGUGAGGGGAAUGCAUCUUCCCAGACCCUUAGCCCUUCGACAUCCUCUUCCACUAAUAAAGACCUUCAGGAACUCGACAGACUAAAAGACUGUCUUCAAGGGUAUAAAACUCAGAAUAAAUUUCUAAAUAAAGAAAUUUUGGAACUCUCAGCUCUUCGAAGAAAUGCAGAAAGACGAGAGAAGGAUUUAAUGGUUAAGUAUUCUAGCCUGGAAGCCAAGCUUUGUCAAAUAGAAAGCAAGUAUUUGAUUUUGCUUCAAGAAAUGAAGAAUCCCGUGUGCUCUGAAGAGCAGGGACCUGCCCACGAUGUCAUAGCCCGACUGCUGGAAGACGCUUUGCAAGUGGAUGGCCCAGAACAGCCUGAACAAGCUUUUGUCAAACCUCAUCUUGUCAGUGAAUAUGACAUUUAUGGGUUCCGGACAGUUCCUGAGGAUGAUGAAGAGGAGAAGCUGGUCGCUAAAGUACGAGCACUGGAUCUAAAGACUCUGGCUCUCACGGACAAUCAGGACAUUUCCACUGGGGUCAAGUGGGAAAAUUAUUUUGCCAGCACCAUGAACCGAGAGAUGAUCUGUUCUCCUGAACUGAAAAACCUCAUCCGCACGGGGAUUCCACACGAGCAUCGUUCCAAAAUGUGGAAAUGGUGCAUCGACCUUCGCACCAAGAAGUUCAAGGACCGUGCUGAGCCUGGAUAUUUCCAGAGCCUGCUCCAGAGCGCCCUAGAGAAGCAGAAUCCGGCCUCGAAGCAAAUCGAGUUGGAUCUCCUAAGAACGCUGCCCAAUAACAAGCAUUACUCCUGCCCCACUUCAGAAGGCAUUCAGAAGUUACGCAAUGUCCUGUUGGCCUUUUCGUGGAGAAAUCCCGAUAUAGGAUACUGCCAAGGGUUAAACAGGUUGGCUGCAGUUGCUCUCCUCUACUUGGACCAAGAAGAUGCCUUCUGGUGUCUUGUUACCAUCGUGGAAGUUUUCAUGCCUCGAGAUUAUUACACAAAGACUCUCCUAGGGUCACAGGUUGACCAGCGAGUAUUCAAGGAUCUCAUGAGUGAGAAGCUGCCUCGGUUACAUGCCCACUUCGAGCAGUACAAAGUUGACUAUACACUCAUCACCUUCAACUGGUUCCUGGUGAUAUUUGUGGACAGUGUUGUCAGUGACAUCCUCUUUAAAAUCUGGGACUCUUUCCUGUAUGAAGGACCAAAGGUCAUUUUCCGCUUUGCUCUGGCACUUUUUAAGUACAAAGAAGAAGAAAUCCUGAAGCUGCAUGAUCCAAUGGCCAUAUUCAAGUGUCUGCGAUACUUCACCCGCACUGUCCUCGAUGCUAGGAAGCUGAUCAGUAUUGCCUUUGGGGACCUGAACCCAUUCCCUCUCCGGCCCAUUCGGAAUCGGAGGAGCUACCACCUGGAGAAGGUGCGGCUCGAGCUGACGGAGCUCGAAGCCAUCCGGGAGGACUUUGUGAGGGAACGAGACACCAACACGGACAAGCGAGACCUCAUCAGUGACGACGACGAGGACAACUGAGGUCCGGCCGACUGCCCCCUCGGGCUGCCAUGACCAAAGCGAAUGGAGCAGAUGGACUUCAGGCCGGUCUGUUCCCUUUAGGCAGAGAAUGUAAAAUGUCAGUGUUUGGAAAUCUGCUGGACACGUUUCCCAAGCACGGCAGCCUUUUGUCAUGCCCAAGUUAGGAUUCCAUUUACUUGUUUACAGCUGUUUUCCCAGUCAUGUGUCAAUUGUGUGUGAAGUCAGAGGCCCAGAACCACUGUUCUCACCUCAAACCUGAUCUUGCUUGAUUCUCAGUCCUUUGCAAUGCCUCAGAUUAUGGAUAAUUCUGUCUGCUGGAACAGUCUCCACUCGGAGCAUUUCUAGGGAUGGGCGCCCUCUGUUCAUGAUAUCUGCUGCACUGGCCAUGUGGAAGAUGCUCUUGAAAGAUGGCGUCCUUCCCUUUUCUAAAGUGCCGUCACUGAAAUGCUGUUGUUGAAGCCCCCGAUAUGCCCUGGGAAGUCAGUCGUGUUUGUCUUUUUCCUUGUUCUUUCAUGGGCAUCUUCACAAACACAUUCUAACGCAGCUCUCCACAUAGAGAGUCCCAUCUCAAUUCUUGUCCAUAAUAUUUGCCAACCAUAAUUAUAUUAGGUGCAGAACAAUAGGGGUUUCAUCUUAAAUGUCUGAGCUUGUUUAGAUGAAGCUAUGCUAUGCGGCCAACAUCCUUGGCAGUCUGGGAGUGUUUGGGGGGAGAAGGCCUUUAUGGGAGAUCCCUUGGCAAAACUCUUGGACAAUUGUAGAAUUUCACUUCCCCAAAAUCAUAUCAGCUUUGGAUGUUGACCAGAAAUGCUCGAUGGGUCAAGCUUAGUUAUGUUUCCUCAGUGGCUGGGAAGGCUGACUUCCCCCCACCUCCUAUUUUCUCAGACGUAUCUGUCCAAAGAGAGCAAACUGAUUUGGCUCCAAGCGAGCCAUUUCUCACAUUCCCUAAUUCAAGUACCACUUCAGGGGGGUUUUCCCAUCCAAGUUUUCCAGCACUGCUUGGUUCUCAACAUUGUAGGGUGAAUGGCUCUCACUGGUCCCUGGUUAGUCUUAUUUUUAACAAUUCCUUGGUGAGAAAGUAGAGAAAGAAAUCAAGGUCAAAUCUCUUCCUGGAUCUCUCAGAGAGCAAAAUUUCUUUAACUUUAGUGACUGACUUUGGUCCCUUGUCAGCCUGUGGCCAGCUUUUUAGAGGGGCUUCCUCUCAGCUGUUAGACAAUAUACCCUGGGAUGGCCACUUGAUCAUAAAGUGGCAGCCAUCUGUUCUAAGUCUAAUCAAAAUAUAAGAGGAACUUUGUUCUGGGGAAUUCCUUUAGUUUAUAGUAGGAACUGUUCAUCCAGUUUGGGGUUGGACAGACCCUGGUAGGAGGAAAUCAUCUUGUGUUUAAUACUCUUGCUUCCACUCUGAUUCAUAGACAUUGUAAGAAACAUUUUUUACAAAUUGAGAUAUAAAAAUUACAACUUUUUCAAAGUCCCUUAACUGAACUCUUCUAGAAAAAGUGAUCUGUAUGCUACAGACACUAACUUUCAAAUUUGUUCAGUGAUUCCUAGAAAUUCUUUUUCCAUCAUUUUUUCCCAUUUAUAUCGUCACCCAUUUUUUCAUUGUAUUCUAAAGUGAGUCUCAGUUUAACCUUUCUGACUUUAGAAUCUAGAGUAUUAUUCUUUGAAGGAAACCAGUAUCUAUAAUUAGUUAUACCUCUAGUAUAACAGUCUCAUUUUCUAUUCAGAUAGUAAGUUUCAGAAUUCAUCCCUGUCUAGGGUGUAGCUGGAGUUAUUGAAGUACCCACUUCUUCAUAACUCCUUUCACUGAGUCAUUCUGGGACUUUAGCACAUGAAGGCACAGGGGCAGUCACAGGGGCAGUCACUGACCGCUGCCCUCGCAAGUGACACUUGUUCACUUUGGAAGCUCUGGUGUGGGAAUUUCCUCCUCUUUGGCAGAUCCACUGGAGUCAAACAUCUCACAACUUCUCUUUUUAGAAAUGGAUCUUGUGAUUGUUCUUUGAAAGUAGUUCAAGAACAUUUCUAGAAAGGAAGACAGUAACGUGUGGGCUGAAUGUGAAAGCCUAGCCCUUGUUAUUGGAGGGGGGUAAUAUUUUAUUUUUUCCCUAAUUGCUUGUAAAAACAUGAGCCCUUUCUUAGUGGGAUGAUAUUUGAUCAGUUGAUUUCCUAGUAGAUACUGCUAUGCUUUCAAAGCAGAGGGACAUUCUUUGGAAGGAAUUCACAGCACCAGUAUAUGUCUGCAGGGCUGUCCAUAUGGAAUUCCUCUUAGAAACCUGGCAGUUCUGGGGUCUGUGUCCCCAUCCCCAUGACCUCCUCCUAUUCCCCACUGCUCUGGACCCACAUCAGAGGAGAUCGUGGAGGAACAAUUUCACCAACACCCUCAUAGGGAAUAGGGGAUGGGGUCAGGGGGGAGAAAGGGGCCAGCUUAUCCCUUACCCCAGCAUCCACUGUCUACCAAAGAUCUAGCAGGAUGGAGCUGGACUUCCUCAAACUUCAUCUUAGAGUAGUGUAGCGGUUCAUGCUGUUCACCCUCAAUGUAAGUGGGAUCCACUGUUAUCUCCUUGUAGUGAGGACCAAUAGGGGGAAAGGGUGGGCAGAUGAUGAAUCUCUGGCGCCCAAGACUGAUCAUUAGUGAAGGACCCCAAGCAUCCUGGUCAGGUCUAAGCCAGUGCCUUGGAAAUGCCAAUGUUCAGGAUGAGAAUGAUAACCCCCCUGUUUCAAUGAAAUGGCUAUCUGUUCAUAAAUACUUUUUGUAUAUUUUCACUACAGUUUAUAUUUUUAUAGGCAAUUUUAUCAAGGUUUUUCUAGGUUAUGUACAUUUUAUUUUAUAUGGCAAAUGCAUGAUUCCCCUCGUGGGUAUUUAUGUAAGCACAAACCACUGAGUGGCUGGUCUCGGCUGUUCUUGUCUGUCCUCGGUCAGCAUUCACUUUAUGCAUGAACUUACGGCACCAGGUGUCCCUCUUUGUUACUCCUGCUGGAAUAUUAGAGUAAUAGCAGAGGGAAGAAAAGCCAGCACCAUCCCCCCCAGGUGGGAUGGCAGUCAUUCUGCUUCCAACUAUACUGUGUACUGGAAUAUCAAGUAUUAUAGACAAGUAUUACUGCUUUGUUCUCUAUGACUAAUGCUUAUAAUAUUGUGUAAGCUGGCCCCCAUCUUCCUUUGUGGGUGGGAGGUGGAGGGACUGAGCAUUUCCUUUCUGUGUACUGAGGGAGGGUUUGCCCAAUAGAGCUAGACCUGGCCGUUGGAGAGCAGGGCAAUGGUGAGAAACCCUCAAGGGUGGCCGUUUUGACAUGGGCAUCUGAUGUUCCUGUGCUGCUGGAAUCUGUGAUGUAAGCAUUCACACCCGCCCUCUUCCAGCCCCAGCGCUGGCUAAAGAUGUCUGUAGUAGUGACCUGCCUCCAAAGGAAGGCCUUGUUUUUAAGCUGUCAGCUGGCUCGUGUGUUACUCGAACCCAGGUGCACAAUCUUCAAGUGAAUUUUUGGAAUUGUAAUAUUAAAGGAAAAAAUAAAAUAUGUUAAUUUUGUGUAA